UCCAGUAAAUCCGCUCAUAUCAGACCAGAUCAAAGUGCUGAUUGUGCUGUGUUUACCCCAUAUCAGUUUCAACCACAUCACCUCUCUCUUAUAUCUUCUUCUUCUUCUUCUUCAUCUUCCCAUAUCAUUAUUAUUUAUUCUACAAUCUUCACCUUUGCUCAGACUUUUGAAUGUUACAAAUAUGACCCUUAAGGGUGGCACCAGCCAAGCCUGUGCUGCGUGCAAGUACCAACGACGAAAGUGCCAUGCUAAGUGCCCUUUAGCUCCAUAUUUUCCUCCUGACCAACCUAAAAUGUUUGCAAAUGCUCAUAAAUUAUUCGGUGUUGCCAAUAUUUUAAAGAUUUUAAAGAAUUUAGACGCUGAUCAGAAGGCUGAAGCAAUGCGUUCCAUUAUUUACCAGUCUGAUAUUCGUGAUCGGUAUCCCGUUCAUGGAUGUUGGGGCAUUAUUUGUCAACUACGUUACAGAAUUUGGCAGGCCGAAGAAGAACUUCAAACUGUUCAUGCACAACUCGAGAUGUAUAGACAUCAUUAUCAACAACAGGUCACAUCUAUGACGGAUGAUGUGUCACAACUUGAAUUAGGCAUGGCUCCUCCCAAUAAUUCCCUUUCACUUUUCAGUCAUACUCCACAGCUGCCGGCUUCUUAUAAUAAUGCUCCGCCUUUGCCUCUUUCUCAACACCACCACUCUUAUUCUGAUAACAACAACUCUACAAGUUACAUGGAUUCCAAAGAUAAUGUUGCUAAUUCCAUGUGGAUUCAACAUCAAUAUGCUACUGCAACCAACAACAAUUCCAAUUCCAUCGCCGUUCAAUCUCAUCAGUUGGCUGCCUCUCAACCUUUGGUUGUUCAUGAUUACGAUGAGAUGCAUCCGUUUUUCGAUACUAUUGAUGACAGACAAUCAUACAUUUAUUCUAAAGAGGCUUACGACUCAAGUUCGGAAGAAUCGUUGAAAGACACAACCCAAUCGAUCGAGGACGUUGCAGAAAAUGAAUUGAAGAGUGCGGCUGCAGGCUUCAGUCUGAUUAGUGUCAAUUGAUCAAAAAGGCCAGACGACAAGACAGCAGUGCGUUCCAUAUUCUUUUUCUGCUCAAUUCAUAAAAGUUUUAUAGGUUAGAUUCCACAAUUCUGGGCAUAUUUUUUCUUUUUAUU